UCUUGAUUGCCUAAAAAAAAAAACUCAGUCCUUCUUGAACUCUCCGGAUCCCAGCCUUAAUUGCUAUACUGUCUACCCCCAAAUCCGCGGUUCUGCGGAGGUUCCCACACCGAUCUGGUGCGUAGCAGCGCCCGCCGGCGAUGGGCGGCAAGAGGAAGAGCACCGGGGACGUGAAGACGCCGUCUACGGUGGGCCGGCGGCCUGGUCGCCCGAGGAAGAACACGCCGCCGGAAGCCAUACGGCGCCCAGGCCGCCCUAGGAAGAGCGUGCCGGGCGUCGAGGUGCCGGUGGCGCGCGGCCCGGCCUCCGCGCAGACGCUGGCGCCGUCCAGAUCCGAGCACGAGGAGGACGGGAACGGCGGGCUGCUGGAGCUCGCGCGCGGCGCGGCGGCCAUAGCGGCGGCGGAGGAGGAGGAGGAGCAGGUGAAGCUGCGCUGCGACCUGUGCCAUGGCCCCCUCAGGCCCCCCAUCUACCAGUGCACCCGCGUGCAGCACGUCGCGUGCGGCGACUGCGGCGCCGGCGAGUGCCGCCCGUGCGGCGGGGACCCGGCCGCCGUCUUCGUCCACAACGCCCAGCUGGACGCCCUCUUCGGCUACAUCAAGGUGCCGUGCGCGUUCCGCAAGUUCGGGUGCGCCAGCUCCGUCGCCUACCGCGACAUGGCAUCGCACGAGGCCGCCUGCGCGUGGGCGCCCUGCGCUUGCGCGGAGUGUGGGUACAAGGGGCCUCCGUCGGGCCUCCUGCAUCAUCUCACGGAGUUGUCCGGACGGCACGCCUGGACCGCCCACAGGAUCACCUACGGGAUGGACCACCAGUUCGCCGUCCCAGUGCCGGAAUUGUCGGAUCAGCAGUGCGAGGACCGCGGCCUCCUGGUCGCGGAGGACGGCGCCCUUUUCCUCGUGGCCGUGGGGGGCGUCAGCGACGUCCGCCGUGUCACCGUGGUGUGCGUCAGGGGUAAUGUUGGCACCGGGCCAGUGUACAGCUCCUCCGUCGAGGUGGCUGGUCCAGACGAGGCGCGCCGGCUGAAGCUUGAGAAUAAGGUGGCGGCGAGCUGCUCUGCCCCGGUCGAGUUCGACGUGUUGGCGCAGCCGGAAUGCGACACCGUCCCCGUGUAUCCGGAGAUGCUGCACGGGGAGGAGCUCCAUCUGUGUAUCCGUAUCGGCAAGACGAAGAUCAUCUGUUCCUGAACCUAUGAUAAGCAUCAGCAAUGUAGUUCUGGAGUCAUAUGUGUCUUCUGUAGUCUCGUUGAAGAAUUGGAUUACCUUUGUUUACCUGGCUUUGGUAUGGUGUUAACUUGGUUCCGGUCAGUCCUCUCAAGUAUUCAGGGUUCAGUUGAGAACUGGGGUUUGGUGUUCAAGGUGACUUGAUUCAGUUGAAUUAUCUGACUGUGAAAUUUGGUGUUUUA